AUGGCUGCUUCCGAGCCGCCGAGAGCCGCCGCGCUCCUGCCGCCUGCCGCCGCCGUCUCGCCCGCCACGCCGCGGCCCAGUCUCAGCCCAUCCGCCGCCAGCCUAGACCCGGCGGUUGCCGCCGCCGCAUAUGCCGGACACUUCUCCAUCACCAGAGCUCUGAUGGAUCAAAAGUUAUUGAUGUCCGAUGCCAACUACAAUCAUAAAAUUUCUGGUAUUCCAUGUGUUGCUGCUGCUUCAAGGUAUACUGCGCCAGUGCACAUUGAUGUUGGUGGCUCCAUUUAUACAUCAUCCUUAGAGACGCUAACCAAGCACCCUGAUUCGCGUCUGGCAAGGAUGUUCAAUGGCAGCAUACCAAUCGUCUUGGACAGUCUAAAGCAGCACUACUUCAUCGACCGUGAUGGUAAAAUGUUCCGGCACAUACUGAAUUUCAUGCGCACCAACAACCUUUCUUUACCAGAUGAUUUUAACGAACUGGACUUGCUCUACGAAGAAGCUCGUUUUUAUGACAUUCCUGCCAUGGUAAGGCAAAUCGAACAAUUACGACGCGAAAGAAGCAAAAGGAAAGCAGAAACCAUUUGCUCCUCUAGUUCCCAAUCGAGGAAUGGUCAAAAAUACGAAAAUCAAAACAACAUGCACAACGAGUGCAGUAGCAGCCCUGGCUACGAUGAACGUUGUCCAGGAGAAUUCCAGUGUCUUGCUCUGAAUGUCAGUCCAGACUUAGGUGAAAGGAUUGUUAUAAGUGGUGAUCGAGCAUUAGUGGAAGAAGUGUUCCCUGAAAUUGGGCAACCACUGAUGGACGCUAGAAGUAGCGUGGCAUGGAAUCAAGACUCUAAGCAUGUGAUUCGUUUCCCUCUCAAUGGUUACUGCAAACUAAACUCUUUGCAAACCAUCGUCAGACUCUUGAAUGGUGGUUUUAGAAUUUUGGCGUCCAAUGGUGGCGGAGUGGAAGGACAGCAAUUCAGUGAAUACCUAUUUGUGCGAAAGUAUGCACCUUUAUGA